CAAACUCAAACCACCCCCAAAAGAAAAGAAAAAAAAAAGCAUAUAAGGAGCUGCUGCCACCCAACUUCCCUCUUCCCCUGCCUUAAACCUCUGCUCUUCUUCCCCUUUCCUUUCCCUGCCUUGCCAAGUAAAGAAUCCUUCCUUCCCCCUUCUUAAUAAUAGUUUCUUCUGUUCCCAACCAACAAGAAGCUCCCCUCCCACUUUCUGCCUUCUUCCUAAUAUAACUCUUCCCUCCCCUUCAAAUCAAAAUCCUUCCUUUUGGUUGCUUGCUAUAAAUACAUACAAAAACUCUAUAAAGCUAGCUCCUUUAAGCCAGUUUCCCUGUUGUGUGUUGUUCAACUUUUGUGUUCAUACCCUUUUCCCUUUUUUUCCCCUCACAUUCAAAGAUCUUUGUCCUGCUUUCCCUGUUUGCUGCUCAAGUUCUCUAGCUCAUUUGUGGGUGACUUUUCUUUUGACAAGCUAUUCAAAGUUAGAGAGCUUGCAUUGGACAAAAGAGAGAAUCAAAAGAUGGGUAUUUCAGGAACUUUGGAGUAUUUGUCAGACUUGAUGGCAAGUUCAGGCCACAAGCACAAGAAGAGGAAGCAAAUGCAGACUGUAGAGCUCAAGGUCAGGAUGGAUUGUGAUGGGUGUGAGCUCAAGGUCAAGAAUGCCCUUUCCUCAUUAAGUGGGGUGAAGAGUGUGGAGAUAAACAGGAAGCAGCAGAAGGUGACAGUAACUGGUUUUGCAGAGCCACAGAAGGUGCUGAAGAAGGCCAAAUCGACAGGGAAAAGGGCAGAGAUAUGGCCCUAUGUGCCCUACAACUUAGUGGCACAGCCAUACGUUGCUGGUACCUAUGACAAGAAAGCACCUCCUGGUUAUGUGAGGAAGGUCGAUCAGCCUGCUGCAACUUCAACCGUCACCAGAUAUGAGGACCCUUACACUUCUAUGUUCAGUGAUGACAACCCAAAUGCUUGCUCCAUCAUGUAACAACAGUCAACUAAUACUACUACUGAUGAUCUCUACUUUUUUUUUUGUGAAUUCUGGUUUCAACCAAGUUGUAGCUUUUGUAGUACUAGAGAGAGAGAGAGAGAGAGAGAGAGGCUUAAGUUUUUUCUUUUGGUUUGUUCUUGUUCAGUGUGUGGUUUUGGUAGUACUGUGAUGGAGACAUUUUGAUUUUGAUGUUCCUAUGUGAGUCCGUACUAUUAUUAUAUAACAAGAG